CAUUAAUGCACAUCGCCUCUGUGAUUACUCUGUUUCACUUGAUCUAUCAUCCGUGCACACCUCACACCGCUCGCUCUUCCCAGGAGUGGAUUUGUCGAACGCAGUAUUUAUGUCUAUGUUUAGAACUGACAGUUUGACAAAUUAUAUGGAUAGAAAAUUAGAAAAUAUUGAACUUUGAAUUUCCGACCUUUAGUCUUUUCCCAUUAUCUUCAUAAAUUUUAUUCUCAGAAUUGAAAUGGGUAACCGUUCUUCGCUCUUAUUACAAGAGGAAGAAAUCGCCCAAAUAUCUGAAGAAACAGGAUUCAAUGCUAAUCAAAUUGAGCGAUUGUACUCGAGAUUUACAUCUCUGGAUAGAGGCGACUGUGGAACAUUAAGCAGAGAUGAUUUUCUAAGGAUACCAGAACUGGCAAUAAAUCCUCUUGGAGAAAGAAUAGUCAAUUCUUUCUUUCAAGAAGAUCAAUCUAAUGACAGGGUCAAUUUCAAACAAUUUAUGAGAGUUUUGGCGCAUUUCAGACCUAUUAAGAAAAAUAAAGAGAAUAAAUUGAAUAGCAGGGAAGAAAAAUUAAGAUAUGCUUUCAAAAUGUACGAUUUGGAUGAUGAUGACCUUAUUUCCAAAAAUGAAUUAUUAGCAAUUUUACAUAUGAUGGUGGGCGCUAAUAUAAGUGAUGAACAAUUGACAAGUAUAGCUGAAAGAACUAUUUCUGAAGCAGAUGAAGAUGGAGAUCAAAUGAUUUCUUUUGAAGAAUUCUGUAGAGCAUUACAGAGGACAGAUGUUGAACAGAAAAUGAGCAUCAGGUUUUUGAAUUAGUCUACUUCCAAUAAAUAUCUGUGAGACAACUUUUAUGUAAAUGGAAUAAUAAUUAUAGGGGCGAUAAUCAAUUAAUAUAAAAUUUUAGAUUUACUUGUUUUGAUAUCAUUCAUAUAGCUCACAAAUGCUUCAUUUUAGGAAAUGAUCUAAAUAAUUAUGUAAUGGAUAGGUUUGAACAUCAUUUUGUGUAUUCUUUUCAUCCAUUAAUGUAAAAGUUAUGAAAUAUAUGGUUUUGAACUUCUUAAAAAUAUAAUUAAUAGCUGAAAAAUUGAUAGAAUUAACUCUGUAGUACAUUCUAGUCAUUUAAUUAUAUUCAGUUCAAUUUUGUACUAUGCAUUUAAUAGAUUUGGAAGAAUUUCUUUUGAAUAAAUUAUUAGUUGUUCACCUUUUACUAAAA